CCUCGGUACCCUGUGAAGCUGCCUUGCGGACGCGUUAGCCUACUUGGCUAUUACACAGCAGAAUGGCCGCAGUAAAAGCUCUUAAUCCGAAAGCAGAGGUAGCCAGAGCCCAAGCAGCUCUGGCUGUGAAUAUCAGUGCAGCCCGGGGACUUCAGGAUGUCCUCCGAACAAAUCUGGGACCCAAAGGAACAAUGAAAAUGCUUGUUUCUGGAGCCGGAGACAUUAAGCUCACCAAAGAUGGAAAUGUUCUGUUGCAUGAGAUGCAAAUUCAACAUCCAACUGCAUCACUGAUUGCCAAGGUGGCCACUGCGCAGGAUGACAUCACUGGCGAUGGCACCACGUCUAAUGUUCUCAUUAUCGGGGAGCUGCUGAAGCAAGCAGACCUCUAUGUGUCUGAGGGUCUUCAUCCCAGAAUAAUUGCUGAGGGCUUUGAAGCUGCAAAAGACAAAGCCCUUGAAGUUCUGGAGGAGGUUAAAGUUACUAAGGAAAUGGACAGGGAGACACUCAUCAGCGUGGCCAGGACUUCUCUGAGAACCAAGGUCCAUGCGGAGUUGGCUGACCUGCUCACAGAGGCUGUCGUGGAUGCUGUGCUGGCCAUCAAAAAACCUAACGAGCCCAUUGACCUAUACAUGGUGGAGGUCAUGGAGAUGAAGCAUAAAAGUGACUGCGACACACAACUGAUCCGAGGACUUGUGUUGGAUCAUGGCGCCAGACAUCCAGAUAUGAAGAAGAGGGUGGAGGAUGCCUACAUCCUCACCUGCAACGUGUCUCUGGAAUAUGAGAAGACAGAGGUCAACUCAGGCUUCUUCUACAAGAGCGCCGAGGAGAGGGACAAGCUGGUCAAGGCAGAGCGCAAGUUCAUCGAGGAGCGCGUGCAGAAGAUCGUCGAGCUGAAGAACAAAGUGUGCACUGAUGACUCCAAGGGCUUUGUAGUCAUCAAUCAGAAGGGUAUUGAUCCGUUUUCUCUGGACGCUCUGGCUAAAGAGGGCAUUGUGGCACUGCGUAGAGCGAAGAGGAGGAACAUGGAAAGACUGACUCUGGCUUGUGGAGGUAUUGCCAUGAACUCUGUGGAGGACCUGACUCCUGAGUGUCUAGGCCAUGCCGGUCUGGUCUAUGAACACACACUGGGAGAGGAGAAGUUCACUUUCAUUGAGAAGUGUGGAAACCCUCGCUCCGUGACUCUGCUGGUGAAAGGGCCUAACAAGCACACGCUCACACAGAUCAAAGAUGCUGUGAGAGACGGACUUCGGGCAGUCAAAAACGCCAUCGAGGACGGCAGUGUGGUGGCUGGAGCAGGGGCUUUUGAGGUGGCUGUGGCUGAUGCUUUGGUAAAACACAAACCCAAAGUGAAGGGCAGAGCUCAGCUCGGCGUCCAGGCCUUCGCGGAUGCCUUGCUCAUCAUUCCAAAGGUUCUGGCCCAGAAUUCAGGCUACGACCCACAGGAGACCCUGGUGAAGCUUCAGACUGAGUUUAAAGAGUCUGGCCAACUCGUGGGUGUGGACCUCAGCACAGGUGAACCCAUGUUGGCAGGAGAGGCUGGUGUUUGGGACAACUACAGUGUGAAAAAACAGCUCCUUCACUCAUGCACGGUAAUUGCCAGUAACAUCCUGCUGGUGGAUGAGAUCAUGAGGGCUGGGAUGUCUUCUCUCAAAGGCUAAUGAGUCAGUGUGAAGACAACUAUGGGAUGAACAGAGGCCAGCCGUGGGCAUACAGAACUCCACGCUUAACCGGAUUCUGCCUGGAGACCAACCGCCAGGGGCGACCCAAGGCAUCAUCCACAUCCUCGUCAUCUGAUCAUCGUCUGAUCGUUACAUGUGUCCAAUGCCAUUCUUAUGCCUCCCUGGAAUAGUCACCUCCCCCUCACAUUGAUUGGUUUAUUUAUGAGAUUUUGUUGAAAGGCACUGAACUGUGACACACCCUUUUCUUUGUACCCAUUAAAAGUUUUGAUUCAUGAACCAA